CUCCAGGCUACCACAGGGCUACACUCUCGUUUUAUUCUGAAUCCUGAAAAGCUCAUCACAGAUAUGCUCACACACGCACGCAUAAAUCUCUGCAACAACCGACUUCGCAUUUACUCCUCAUUCUUUUUCUUUUCCAUUUUUUACCUCUUCUUCUAUCCCUCUUUUUUAACCCUUUUUUGUGUCCACCCUUCAACCAUUUAAUGAACUCAUAUCUCCCUCUCCUUCCCCUUCACGGCUUCACUUCUUCACUGCCUUUUCUUCCUUUAUUUCAACCUCAACCCCCCCAAGCCCAUCUUUGGUUUCAGUGCUCUCAGCUUCUCUCUCUAAAGUCUAAACUCAUCAUCAUCAUCCCCUAUAUAAUCUCUCUCUCUCUCUCUCUCACAGUGUGUUGUGAUGUUGGCCAUGGAAGAAAUACUAUGCGAAGUGCAUGCAGAAGAUACAAACGAGCAAGGUUUGCCUCCCGGUUUUAGGUUUCAUCCAACAGAUGAGGAGCUUAUAACCUUCUAUCUGGCUUCAAAGGUACUCAAUGGGAGCUUUGGUGGUGUAGAGAUUGCAGAGGUUGAUCUUAACAGAUGUGAGCCUUGGGAGCUUCCAGAUGUGGCUAAGAUGGGCGAGAAGGAGUGGUAUUUCUUCAACCUGAGAGACAGAAAGUACCCAACAGGGUUGAGAACCAAUAGAGCCACUGAGGCUGGGUAUUGGAAGGCCACAGGCAAAGACAAAGAGGUUUAUAGUGCUUCUAGUGGAGCCCUUCUGGGUAUGAAGAAAACUCUUGUUUUCUAUAAGGGUAGAGCUCCUCGGGGAGAGAAGACCAAGUGGGUCAUGCAUGAGUAUCGUCUCGACGGUGACUUCUCUUGUCGUCACACGUCUAAGGAUGAAUGGGUGAUCUGCAGAAUAUUCAACAAAAGUGGAGGAGAGAAGAAAAACCCAUUUUUUCAAUCUCCUCCUUCAACGAUGAUGGAAUAUCAAUCCCAGUGGGUCCAAAUGAAAACCUUACAAAACCCUAGUGUAGCAGUAGGGGAUGAUCUCAAAAACUUGACAGUCCCAGUUAAUGUUAAUUAUCCCACUCAACUUUUGGGGAUGAAUAGCAUGCAUUCUUCUUUUUCACCGAUGAUCACUACUUCAUUUAACUCAAACAACAAGAACCUAUCACAUUCACAGUCCAUACUCAUCAAAUCACUACUCUCACACUCACAUCAUCAUCAUCAAGAACAGUGGGCACCAAAGGAGGCUACUGUUCCCAAACAGUGUAAGACAGAGUCCAGCUUUUCUCAUCAACCAUUACCUGCAGGUGCCAACUUUCUGUGUGGCCAAGGAUGGGAUGGUGAUCAAGAUCAAGUCCAAAACCCCUUGUUUUUUGAGAUGAUGGGGAGUGGGAAUGGGAGUGGGGUUUCAGGGUUGUUCACAGGAGGCACUGUUCAUGAGAUGUCUACUUCAUCAGUUGCUUUCAACAGGAUGGGCUCUUCUCAGAUGAUGCUAGAUCCUCCCUCCAGAGUAGUCCCAGCACCAUGUGGGUCCUUGGAUCAUUGAUGCCUUGUUUCCUUCUUGUUUCCCUGGUUUUAUUAGGCAUAGUUAUAAGGAUAGGAUGAUGGAUACGUAUGCAUCUAAGAAGUCACAAAUAUAGGGUUAAUUAUAGUGAUAGAUACUCUACGUAUGCAUGUAAGGUAGAAGAAUCUGUUUUUCUUGUAAACGUUAAACUGUUAUCCAUCCGUGUAAUGCAUUUUGGGGAGAUUUCCUGCAGUUAUUGUGGAAAGAUUGCCUAGGAUUUUGGCC